CCCCAACUCAAAGUCCACCAGAGUAGGUGAAGACGAUGAUGUAAUCUAAUCAUAUUUGAUGGCAUACAGCUAUAAUCAUGGCAUCCGCAGCGAGCUUUUGAUCUCUAUAAAUACGUACCCGGCCGCGUUAGAAUAGAUCAUCCCAUUCCCAUCCAGCAAAUUAACAAGCUAGCUCGAAGCACUAUCUAGCCAAGCAAGUUAACGCACCACUGUGGUUCCAUCAUGGCAGGGCGCGCCACCGCGAUCGUCUUCUCGCUCGUCCUCGCGCUGGCCAUCGCUGGCGACGCGUCGGCGCAGCUGUCGACGGGCUUCUACUCCAACUCGUGCCCGAACAUGCUCACCGCCGUGCGCUCGGCGCUGCGCCCGGCGAUCGCCAGGGAGCGGCGCGUGGGCGCCUCCAUCGUCCGCCUCUUCUUCCACGACUGCUUCGUCCAGGGCUGCGACGCCUCGCUGCUGCUCGACGACGCGCCUGGCAUCCAGGGCGAGAAGAACGCCGUGCCCAACAAGAACUCCGCCAGGGGCUUCGAGGUCAUCGACGCCAUCAAGGCCGCCGUCGAGAAGGCAUGUCCUGGCGUCGUCUCCUGCGCCGACGUGCUCGCCGUCGCCGCCGAGGAGAGCGUUGUCACCCUGGGUGGUCCGAGCUGGGAGGUGAAGGUGGGGCGGAGGGACUCAACGACGGCGAGCUUCAACGGUGCCAACAACGACAUUCCCCCGCCAACGUCGGGGCUGGCCAACCUUACCUCACUCUUCGCCGCCAAGGGGCUCUCCCAGAAGGACAUGGUCGCGCUCUCAGGAGCACACACCAUCGGCCUAGCGCGCUGCACCAACUUCAGGGGCCACAUCUACAACGACACCGACAUCGACGCCGGCUUCGCAAGAAGCCGCCAGUCAAACUGCCCUCGCACCACCGGCUCAGGUGACAACAACCUGGCGCCGCUGGACCUGCAGACUCCGACCGUCUUCGAGAACGCCUACUACAAGAACCUUGUGCAGAAAAGGGCCCUCCUGCACUCCGACCAGGAGCUCUUUAACGGGGGCGCCGCCGACGCUCAGGUCCGGUCAUACGUCAGCAGCCAGGAGGCCUUCUUCAAGGACUUCGUGGUGGGAAUGAUCAAGAUGGGGGAUGUUGCCCCGCUGACGGGGUCGAACGGGCAGAUCAGGAAGAACUGCAGGAGGAUCAACUAAACAACUAAGAUCCUCCAAAGGUCUGCAAAACAGUUGUGAGAUCUGUAGUAGUAGCAGUAUCUAGCAAGCAGCUCAUAGACUCAGUAUGUCCCUCUUUAAAUCCAGCUUCUGGGAUUGUGAAACCAAUGUACUACUCAGUUUGAAUAAUAAAUGGUCUACGGCCAAACAAUGAAUUAGUACCCGUGCAA